AUGUUCCUCCUGGGUCUCAAAGCAAAGUCCACAGAUCUUAUCAUCAUUCACCUGGCCCUGGUCCAUAUCUUGACGUUACUCCCCGGGGGAAUCAUCACAGCAGCUGAGAUGUUCGGGCUGCAGCUCAUCCACAGCGAUUUUGGGUGUGUGAUUCUCUCCUACCUGAGCUACGUGAGCAGUGGCCUCUCCAUCUACACCACCUGCUUGCUGAGCGUCCUUCAGGCUAUCACCAUCAGUCCCAGCAACUCCCACCUAUUCCAGCUCAAAGUUAGCAUCCCAAAACUCAUCUUCCCCGGGUCAGUCAGCUUGUGGAUCCUCAACCUGCUGAUAAGCAUCAACCUUCUCUUCCAAUUAAUCAUUUCCUACAAUGGGCUUAUAAGCUGCUUCAGCGGUCACAUGGUCCUUCUUCUCCAACAUCACCACCAAGUCCAACAUCUCCACAGCUUCCACCUCUCCUCCGAGAACUCCCCAGAGAGACAAGCCACCCAAACUAUCACACUGCUGGUUACCUGCUUUGUGUCCUUUUACUUUGGAGAUUUCAUCCUCUCCAUGUUUCUAGGGACAACCAUGAAGAAUGAUGCCUCCCUUUCUAAUGCUAACACAUCUGUGUUCAAUGGCUAUACCACUCUCAGCCCUUUUGUGCUGCUCACCUGUGACACAAGAAUCAUCUAG